AUGGAUGCGGAGGAGCGGUACGACCUGGCGCGCGAGCUUGGGCCGCAGGGUCGCCGGCGCGUGGACAGCCUCCUGGCGGAGAUGAACGCCGAGGACGCGGCCAAGGAUCCGGAGGCCGAGAAUGCCCAGCGCGUGGAGGCCGCCAAGAAGGCCGCGCGAGACCUGAGCAAGAAGCUGAACUUCGACGCGCUCAAGGAGAUGUCCAACGAGGAGCGCGUCGGGCUCGUCGCCGAGCUGGGCCCAGCGUUCGCGGUCUCCGCGCUCAUCGUGGGCACGUGCUACUGGACGCUCACGGCCUCAUCUUCGUCGUCGUGA